AUUCGCUUGAGUUGUCUGACUGGUUCGCCCUCCCACCGAGGCUCGUAUCUAUGUGCUACGCGUCUCUGUCGCCACACGAAAGCUCUCUCUCAGCUUGCGAAAUACGGCUUACAUCCGUCGGCACUGGAACCGAUAGCCUGUCGCAGACGCAGAUGGCUGCAGGAAAUCAUCGAGCUGAUAUCACUGGCAACAGUAAGAGUCCAAGACUCGCGGCGGGAGUGAAUACGACCCUACGCCUAUAAAAGACGAUGAUGAGCUCCAACGAGCCUCAGACUAACCAGCGAUGCCCUCCCUUUCGACGGUCAAGCAGUUCAACGCGUCUGUCACCUCUUCAGCGAAAACGCCUGUAGGCGUCUUCAUUGGAGGCACCUCUGGUAUCGGACGCGGCAUGGCUGCUGCCUUCGCCCGCCACAUGAAGGGCAACGCUCGCCUCAUCAUCAUCGGUCGCAACAAGGCCGCCGCCGACGCGCUCAUCGCCUCCCUCCCCUCCCCGGCGAACAAGCUCUCCGAGUUCCUCGCCUGCGACUGCAGCCUCAUGCGCAACAUCGACGCCGCGUGCGAGCAGCUCGCGAAGCGCGACUUGGAGAAGAUUAACUACCUGGUGCUGACCAUCGGCGCGGUCGAGACGAUCUCGCAUGAGAAGACGGUGGAGGGACUCGACAAGAACUGGGCGGCGAUGUUCUUUGGGCGCUUCCGGUUCAUACAGAACUUGGCGCCUGCGCUGGACCGCGCGGCCGAUGCUGGGGAGGAGGCGAAGGUCAUGACGGUCAUACGCGCAGGGGUCGGCGCGCCGCUCGAGUGGGAUGACCUUGACAUGUCGCAGAAUGGGCUGAAGCGGUGGGCGACGCAGAUGCCAACGUACCAUGAUUUCGCUAUGGCAGGCUUCGCUAAGCGGCACCCCAAGGUCUCCUUCAUCCACGCGGCCCCAGGAGUAGUGUGGACGCCUCUGUUCCUCCGCUCGGGAUCGCUUUUCGUCAAGAUCCUUGCCUACCUCUUUGCGCCGCUACUCUGGCUAUUCUCCGUUACUGAAGAGCAAUGCGGAGAGCACAUGAUGUACGGCCUCUACACAAGCCAGGCCGGCUUCAGCGAUCUGGGGGAGAAGGGCGAUGUCAUUGAGCCGGGGUACAAGGGUACUGACGAAGAGGUCGAGAGGCUGUGGAACUGGGCGUACAACAGGCCUGGUGUGCCGUACAAGCAGUAGGAGCGUACUGCGCGCAGUAAAGGCUAUGACAGAUACUUCCCUUUUCGUGUAUCCUCGAACAGUACACAUGGAAAUUUAGCAGCCAGGGUGCGGUAUAGAUCUGUG